GCGGGAGGCGGUCAGCGCCGUUAACACUUGGAGGACAGUCGACCAGGUGGGUGGGUAGGACGGCUGCACUCUUGUCACAGAGCGCGCCCACCGCGAAAACCACAGCCUGAGGGUGGAAAACAAGGGAGCCAACAGGAGAGAGGAGAGCUGUCGCAGCCAGCAGUGAGUGGGCCUACCAUGGCUCUUGAGACGAGGGAGGGACAGGGGAAGGAGGACCGUCUGGGGUCGGAGGAGGAAGCUGGAACGCCGAUGAAGACGAAGCUCGGGGCAUUCUCGUUUGAAGUAACCGGGAAGGUUCAGCGAGUGUUCUUUAGGGAAAGCAUGAAGGAGAAGGCCGAGUCUUUGCGCAUCGUGGGCUGGUGUGCCAACACGUGGAGCCAGUCCGUGGUAGGAGAGGUGCAGGGAAACCUGCAGGCGCUGGAGCAGAUGAAGCACUGGCUCAGAUUCGUCGGAUCUAAAGAAUCAAGGGUGGACAAGCUCCUUACUACUAACGAAAUUUCAGAUCUUGCCCAAUUAACCAAGUCGGCCUUCACGAUCGAGCCGCCAGUCUUCAAGUAGAGGGGAGUACAGUCAUCAUCAUCAUCAUCAUCAUCAUCUUCUUCGUUUGCUCAAUGACAUGAUCCUUUACGCACACAGACACUAUUUCUCAGUUGUAGACGUUCACCCACACAGAGCUAGUAACAGGCGUACAUAGGCGCACGGAUGCACACACACGCACACUUAGUGAAAUCCAGACGUCCACCAACCCGCACACAUACACUCACACACGCGCUCACCUGAUGAGUCGAUGAAAAUCCCACGAAACCGUCUGGAACAGUCUUCUUGUGGAGUUGUGUAAAGUGAACAUGA